AUGCGCAUAGGCAUCAUCAUUCUCGGCUGUUUCACUGCGAACAAUGAGGCUGCAGUGAAUAAGAAACUAACUCCGGAUUCUCCGAGUGCGUUGGAGAUGACGUUCGGAGAAGCCAGACCUGAAGACAGAUUCCUUGGGAGGAAGCUGCGCCAUCCAGCGUGUGUCGCGGUGGCCGGAAGAGAAAUCAGAGGCUACGUUGAGUACACCAUCUCAGAGUUGAAGGGCUUGGAAAGGACCCUUGACGAUGAUGAAAUGGGUGAUGAUGACGUUUUCGAAGCUCCCGCCGAUGAGAACAUGAUCUUCACUAAACAGGCUGAGAUCGACAAUUUCCACAUCAAGAAGGCGUGGCAGAACAGGUUGCCGGAGUUCUUGAAGUUCUGUCAAAAACAA